UUUCCCGUGUUGUAUUAACUAUUAGUUAACGUAACUUUCUAGCAAUAUUAACAGAACAAUUACUUGGAUAGCGGGGAUCUGUGAAAAGUAUUACUCGAUCGGCGUGUAAGGACUGAAAGUAAUUGACUGAAAUGAUCGAUUCGAUUGUUCAAGGGCGGAUCGAUUGGCUUGACAGAUACGAAGAAAGCGUACUCGCCGGCCGCGGCGAAACGCGCUGACGAGUCCCAAGAGAAAAUUGUCGAUUUUAUCUGGAAAAGCGUACAGAACACGCGAUGCGUUCAAAGCGCCUUUGAUGUCACACGUAGAGAACGCGGAGCGCAGCGGAAAGAAUGGCAGCGGACGUACGAACGACGUAGCAGAGGAUGCGCGAGAUAAAUCGGUCGUCUGGACGAGAUCGGAAAGUUCCCUCGACGAUGACGGAACCGAGGUAGAACUCAAAACGAGUCAAAUAUUGAGUAAGGCGACUUAUCUGGAUUUGAACCUAGAUUUGAACAGAAUUGAUUUGAACACAUACCCCGAUGACACAAAAGCGCGAGAUAACGAUGAAUGUGUUUCUUCUGGCGACAUUUGUCGAAUCUGUCACAUGGGUAACUACGGAUUGAUCACGGAGAAUCAUUCGUUCACGCUGGAUUCGCGAAAUUCGAGCGAACGAGCGUCGACACCGUCGAAUCUCGUCUACCUUGGUUCUCUGAUUUCCGCAUGCAAGUGCCGAGGCACGGUGGCUUUGGUGCACGUCGAGUGUCUCGAGAGAUGGCUGAACGAGUCCGGUCGCGCAAGAUGCGAACUCUGCGGCUACAAGUACGCGACCAAGAGGGUGCCGCGUUAUGGCCUCUUUCGCAGCGUCGUGAUAUGGUUCCACGCCGUGAUAGCCACCCGACAGAUGUUACUCGACAUCGGAUACUUGGUGAUGACCACGCCCGUGGCCGUGUUUUCAUGCUACGUGUGCACCUUGGCCUUGAAAACGUUGCUGCGAAACGGCUUUUACGAGAUACCGUGGAUGACAGUCGCUAUGCUGCCAACCUGCUUAUUGACGCUGAUAGCUUAUUGGCGAUGGAUAAUUAUGUUAGGCAGAGUGCACGGUCAUCGAUGGAGACGCUACUGGAGAAACAACUUCGUGAUUCGUUUGAUGCCGAGCAACGAUGCGGAUGACAACGUCGAUAAUGCGAACAACGCAAACAACGCGGCAGAUGAUCAAUCAAACGAGUUCGUCGAUGUGCACGAUUUCGAGCAAUGGAUGCUCGAGGAGAUCGAAGAGUUCGCGUGACCUUUGAACCGCGUAACGACCCUGAUUAAUCGCGACAAUCGCGUUCUAUCUUCGUUCGAAUGUGCCGCCCGCGUCGCUCGACGGAAUAUACAGCUGCGCGAUAUUUAAUUGCAUUUUAUUAAUGCGAACACUUCAAUUGAAGCCCAUUGUCGCGUAACAAAGACGAUUCGCCGCAACAUCAAAGUCAAAUCGAGACGCGUACGGCUCUUGUGUUUCUGCGUCUAAUCGCCCGGAUUUGGUAUCAUUACUUGUACACACAUUGUUUACAUAUCUUUUCCUGUACCCAUCUUAGAACUGAGAUAACACAAUAAAUAAAUUAUCGCCAAG